AGAACGUAGGUUCUUGGAGAAAGUUUGACAAGCCAAAGUUGGAUUUUAGUCACGAUGGGCAGACUUCUCCCGCUGUUCGUACUCUUACUCUUCAAGUUCGUAGGUAGCAAAGACAUAGUGGUUGUAUAUUUUGCCGGCUCAGGUGCAACCAGCGGAACGGUCAGAGUUCGCGUCAACGGAUCACCAGUAGGCUCUGGCUUAAGUAUGAUGAUAUGUUGGGACAGCUCAUGGGGGAUAGAGGAGGCGAAUGUUACCUGUCGGCAGAUGGGAUUUCUAAAUGCGACCUCCACUGGUAAAGAUAGUGAUGUAAUUCCCCCUAUUAUCUUUGACGUCCGCUGUUCGGGGACAGAGACAAACCUCGCCGACUGCAGUUACAGCCUCUCAGGAUCCUACCAAAGCAACCUACCUGUCAGUGUCAUCUGCUUACGGAAUCCAGCCUUUAAUGGCCUAUUUGAUGUCCGUCUGAACGGUUCAGCUGCUCAUAAUGGUAUAGUCGAGGUACGGCAGGCGUUUCAAGGGAAUGCAAAGCAACUGUGGUAUGCACAAUGUCACGACCUUUGGAGUAAAGAGGAUUCUGAGGUUGUCUGUAGGCAGCUUGGAUACAGCGGAGUCCAAGCUACCACUGGCAUGAGUGGUAGCCUCCCUAAUGUUGCCGAUGGAGAGCUCAAGUGUACAGGGACAGAACAGACACUGAGUGGAUGCAGUGUGAUUCCAACAUCAUCAUGCACCGACAAGACGACCUACACUCAAGUCGAAUGCAUCCUUGACAGUGAGACCCAGCAACCUUUCGACAUCCGCCUGGCCGGUGGUAAUACAUCAGCAGGAGGUGUAGAGCUCUUGAAGUACGGUAAAUGGGGCGUCAUUUGUGAUAGGGAUGGAGAAUGGAAGCUUGCGAGCGCCAGGGUUGUGUGCCGACAGCUUGGUUCUGUUGAUGCCAUCCGUGUGACAGAGCCAGCGGAGUUCGGCCAAGGCAAUGGUUCAAUACACCUGAAGAACCCCGGGUGUAAGGGAGACGAAUGGAGCAUAGAGAGGUGUCCAAUACCAUACGGUUGGGGAGGUGGCGUCAAAGCAUGCCAGACAAAGGACACGGCAGGCGUUGUUUGCAGCCCGGAUAAAUUUCCUGCGUAUGGCAUCAGUUCAACACUCUACACACCAAACGCAUCGAAAUCUUUUGGAAGAUUCUUCCUUCACAGCCAAGGAUUCCCUCAACUCUUCAACUACGAGGCGCAGACACAUCAUUUGUGCACUAUGACCUCGAAUACCAUCAUAGAGUUGUCAAUAUAUAUCCACUACAAGAGGUUCAAGGAAAACCAUAGCGAAACACUGUCAUUACAAGGCAUUGAUACCCAGACAACGAGUAGUACCUUCUACAAUCUCCAACUCUAUGGGGAUGAUUCGAACCCUGGACCUUAUACAACAAAUACCAAAUCAAUGACGAUGGAAUUCAAGUCGAAUGGUGCUGCAGGAAGCGGAAAGUUCCGACUUGAAAUAAGAGUCCCUGCUAGCAUAGCUGUGUCUUUAAACUGCUACAACCUAACGACAACACCAACGACAACAUCAUCAACAUCAACAACAUCAACAACAUCGACCACAAGCGUCACUUCUCAAGGUAACCCUACCGACACGACCACUGCAUUGGUAUCCAAUACCGCGACUGGAGGCUCUACAAAAGGUGAAGUCACAGAACCAAUCACCACACCAGUUUCCAUGACAACCGAUCAAACAGAUUCAACCACGUCUGCGUCAGUUGAUGGUGUCGUCGGCGGGCUAGUUGGAGCAAUCCUGGUGGUGGCAAUAGCUCUCAUUUUGGGUGUUGCUCUGUGGAAGCUUGGACUGGUGCGAUUCGGGAAGAGACGGAAUCUUCGACCUGCAAAUGACACAGGAGGUUACGACGACAAAAGAGUGGAAUUCUCAGGAAUUGAGAAUGAUUCAGCUUACGCCAACGUCGGGACGGAGUACGUCAAUGAUGCAUUCAUCCUUGAUGGUAGUUCUCCGAUGACCGACCAAGACGCCACUUCUCCAUACGCAAAUGUGCGGGAGUUUGGGCAAGAUGAAUCCGGGGUGAACCAGAGUCAUCUCCAGGAUCCAGUGCCCGAAGCUCCGUAUGACGACGUGCGAAGCGUCGGUCCCAACAACACGACCGAGAGCGCGGCCGAGAGCGGUUCAAACCAGGCCCACGGAGGCCCAAGAGAGACUCAGAGUCUCUCGAAUGACGAUCCGCCUCAUAGUGAAGAGUCACCAUAUGCACAUCUGGAUCCCGUAAACCAUCAGGAGUAUCUGGAUUUCAGGGAGCUCAGCCCGGAACAGUUGAGACCUAUCUAGAAUCUCUUCAGACACUAAGUAAGACUAUAGGUUGGCUAUGUCGCCAUCCACUGAUUAGUGAGUGUGGACAAACUUUUAGACAGCUCGAUACCAAAGCAUGACGAUCUACCGUCGUUGUGCGUAUUGAAAGGAGGAGACUGUAGGAUUGAUCUUCAUCGCCGGUAAGUCGGCAUGUACCAAAGAGAAUCUCUGUGGAAUACUUACUAAACAUCGCAGUGUAUAUCUCCCAACUCUCCGAGUCAAGGCCAAUGAACCUCAGCUCACGGCUGAGAAUGAAGGCAAACCUUUUGUCAGUAUGCCCCCACCUUCCUAUAGGCCUAUGCUACUCCAAGGCCUAUAUUCGACAUGCAGUCUUCCCUCACGUCCAAAUUGUCAUUACAAGUAUAAGCAUGUUGGUUUUGACAUCUCUCAUUUCAUUCACUUCAUGAGAGGGGUUUAGGCUGCACAUUUCCCUAUACUGACUGGUAAACAAAUUCGAUAUAUACCAUACCGGUAUCCGAUAUAUUUGUUUAAAAAAACUAAUUCCAAAAUAUAGCCAACAUGUCAAAUAUUGUACAAAAAUACAAUUGUAAAUCAAGAAUAAGUCGUAAUUUAAAUAUUGUACAAAAAGAC